CCGCUUCCGACAAUCUAUCUAGGUACCAGCUUCGCUGCUUACUGCCGCAAUUGGAUGCUGGAACCGGAGUUUGAGCCGGAGUCUUGAGUUUAUCAGGUGAUACGGCUCUAUCGUCUUUUGAAAUCUCCCGAGCUCGAACUCGAGAAAUAUUCUUCUUUGAUUCCUAGGGUUUGUUAGAAUAGUCGAAUCUAGGGUUAGGGUUUUAGGGUUUGUUAGAUUUAGAUUCCGCGAGAUGAAAGGAAGGUCACAUCACGAGGAUUGGGUCGAUGGAUCUUGGACUGUUGAUUGCGUUUGCGGUGUGAAUUUCGAUGACGGAGAAGAGAUGGUCAACUGUGAUGAUUGUGGGGUUUGGGUUCAUACUCGCUGCUCUCGUUACGUUAAAGGAGAGGAGCUUUUCACUUGCGACAAGUGUAAGAGAAAGAACAAGAACGUUGAUGAUGAUGAUAUCGAAGAGACCGAGGUUGCUCAGUUGUUGGUUGAGCUUCCCACCAAGACCUUGAGAAUGGAGAGCUCGUGUACUCGGAAUGUGCCUGUUAAGCCUCCUUUUAGGUUAUGGACUGAGAUCCCGACGGAAGAGAAGGUUCAUGUGCAAGGAAUCCCGGGCGGUGAUCCGGCCCUCUUUGGAGGGUUGUCGUCUGUUUUCUCCCGUGAGCUGUGGAAGUGUACUGGUUAUGUGCCCAAGAAGUUUAACUUCAAGUAUAGAGAGUUUCCAUGCUGGGAUGAGGAUGAGGUUAAGAAUGGGUAUCAGGAAGAAAACGGCGCUGGAGUUUUGUUUUCUAUGUCGAAGGAGAGUUUGAUUGCUGCUCCUGCUAGUGCUUUGGUUGCAAUGAGGAGUCUAACCAAUGGUUGUGCUAAAGACAUGGACUCUGUGGAAGCUGAGAUGAAACAUUCUCAGAGUGCCCUGGAGAAGGAUAAGAGUUUACUUCGUCCCUUGAUAACGAGUAAGCGAAGAAAAGAACUGUUUGGGGCUUCAAAAGAGCGGAUUAAGAAGAAGGUCGAGGUUGCUGACAAAGAGAACGGUUUUGUCGGUAAAACAGAAUCUUGUAAAGACACCGAACCAGAAGGUUUUUCUAGAGACCGUGGGAUCACAAAGAUUGAGAAGUCAAAGAAAGCUUCUUUUGAAGAAUCUAUUGAUGGUGGCAUUGGCGAUGGUGAAUCUGGUAAUACAGAAAUUGGUGUUGAAUGCUCCAAAGAACAGAAUCUUUCUGACGUUCAUGCUAAUGGUGCUGGAAAACAGGAAGAGAAAGCUGGCCAUCAUUUCCGAAUUGUGCUUAAGAGCUCUGCCACUGAAGAUCCUUCUGUCUCGGCAGGAAAAGAUGUUCCACACAAUGAAACUGAUAAGGCAGAGGAGAGACAAGGUACAAUAGCUGAUGCUCCAGGAGAUAAUGCAGAAGCUGAAGAUAAAAGUUGUGUUGAUGCCAGCGGGAGAAUCGGUUCCAGGAAGAACAAAUUCCAAAACACAAUUGCGGAGAUUGGUGCUGGUGGAGCUGUAGGGCAGCAGACUCUGGAUUUUAUUGAAUCUAGAGUUUCCGAGUAUAAUAAAAAAAUGACACCGAGCAGUUCACUUCCUCCUGAUGACCAGAAACCGCACCCUGUUGAAAUGAUAUCAGAAAGAACAAGUAGUGGCAGUAAAGACAGAGCUACAGACUUAAAACGAGAAGUGUUGGUUUCGGAAGCAGAAAAAAAUAGUCUGGAAACAAAGCCUGGAUCCGGUGUACUUCAAGAGCCAUCAAAGCCAUGCAGACCUGUUCCGCACACGUUUUCAGUAUAUAGCAGGCCUAAGAUGGUAGUCAGCGUUGGCAAAUCAUCGUCUAGUUCAGCCACGGAAAAGUCACCUAAGCCCUCUACUUCCAGGAACUCUAUACCUCUCUCGAAGCAACAGCCAAGUGAUGGUGAUCAAAAUGCUAAUACUAAUGAUGAGGACUGUGUAUCCAGUGAUGUAAUCCGAGAGAGAGAUGGGGAUGAUGAACCUCCAGAGAAGUCUCUUAAAGAACAUACUAAAUUCUCUAUUACGGCUACGAAAUCGAUGCAGCAGAGCCGUGUUUCUCAUUCUUCAGUUUCCAAGACAAGAGACUUUUCCUCUUCUUUAAAGGCAUCUUCAGCAUCUCGGCUUAAUGGUGGUUCUUCUGAUGUGUCUGGUAAACAUUCGCUUUCAGGGACCUUCCAGAAAAAUGACCCAAUGCAAUCUAUAACAUCCCUUACCCCAAAUAUAAGCGAUGAAGAGCUUGCCCUAAGACUGCACCAUCAACUCAACAGUUCUCCACGAGUUCCCCGUGUCCCACGCAUGAGACAGCCUGGUAGCUUGCCCCUGUCUCCAACCGCUACUAGUUUUAAGCGCACUUGUAGUUCCGGCAUCAAGGAUCACACAACGUUUUCCAGAAGGAAAAACAAGGACGCAUCCAAAGAAGGUUUACGCAAAUUUCGUGACGAUGAUAGAUGUAGUACGAGGAGUACCAAAUCGCGUCGCCCUCCUGAUUGGAGAACACAUCAAGACAGUGGAAGCAGAGGAGACGAAGAAAGUGAACACCGUAAAACAUCUUACUCUUCUCGGAGGGUACUUCUCCAGCCAAACUCGACUACAAGCACAAGCAGCGGAGCGUCUUCAUCCAAUGAGCAUAAUGAGCCUUCUCCACACAGCUCCCCAAGGAAUAAUGGUACUCCAGUUCAUCAAACUUUGCCAGGUUUGAUCAAUAACAUCAUGAGCAAAGGCAAGAGGAUGACAUAUGAAGAGCUCUGUAACGCAGUGUUGCCGCACUGGCCUCACUUGAGAAAACACAAUGGAGAACGAUACGCAUAUUCAAGCCAUUCACAGGCUGUUCUUGAUUGCCUAAGGAAUAGGCAUGAAUGGGCUCGUCUUGUUGAUCGUGGCCCCAAAACUAAUUCAGGUAAAAAGAAACGAAAGCUUGAUGCAGCAGAAGACCAGUCAGAUGAGAACGUAAGCAGCAAGGGAGGAAAGAAACAACUGCAUCACUCUCAAGGAGAAGAGUUCCCCAAAGGGAAAAGGAAAGCAAGAAAACGAAGAAGGCUCUCUUUUCAAGGUAAAGGGAUAAAAGUGUCGCAAAAGAAGCGAAAUGAACAAGUGAGUGAAGAAGACGAGGAAGGUACGUCGUCGGAUACAAGUGAAGAGAGUGUAUUCUGCGGAGAAGAAGAAGAGGUCCCAACUGCUAGUGCUAGACAAGACUCUCCUAGUAGCUCCGAGGAAGCUGAAUCCACGUCAUGACUCUUCUCUCUAUGUAAUAUAGCAGUAUAUAUCUAUGCAUUAUGUAGUUUUAUGUAUUUACCAAAACCUUCUAGGGAUUAGAGUUUGUUUGAAAUCUCUCUCAGAAGACAAAAAUAAAUUUACAUUUUGUAGAAAGACGUAUCUGGGAAUGAGAUGGUUAUUUUCUGAGCAGUAUCUAUCUAUAUAUAUAG